GACAGAGCCGUUCAACCACGUGUGUUUCCGUGAGGUACGCUGGGCGCAGCCUCUGCUGUAGAUCUAUAAUAUUGCCUUUUUUGUUUUGUAAUUCUUUAUCACGAAGGGAAGGCCUUGGACCAAGGCUUUUGUCUGCAGAGCGGCAGAGACGCUGAGAUUGAAAACAUCGGCCUCGAGCGAAUGUGAUCAAUCGCCUGCGAAAUCAAGUGCUUUGCAUGGACGAGUCGUCCUCUCCGUCACCGGGCGGCGACGUCAACCAGCUUGGCGGCGCCUUCGUGAACGGCCGCCCGCUCCCCGCCGCGCUGCGCCUCCGCAUCGUCGAGAUGUCGCGCCGGGGCGCGCGUCCCUGCGACGUCUCGCGGGCCCUGCGCGUCUCGCACGGCUGCGUCUCCAAGAUCCUGGCGCGUUUCCGCGAGACGGGCUCCGUGCUGCCCGGAGCCAUCGGGGGCAGCAAGCCGCGCGUCGCCACGCCCGCCGUGGUGCGCCACGUCCGCGAGUGCAAGCGGCGCGAGCCGGCAGCCUUCGCCUGGGAGAUCCGUGACCGUCUCGUCGCUGACGGCGUCUGUGACAGGCUGAGCGUACCCUCGGUGAGCUCCAUCAGCCGGAUCCUGCGGAACAGGACGGAGGGCGGCGGAGGAUCGGCACCACCCCUGCCCCCACUCGGGGUCAAAGCCGAGACCCCCGCUGACCUCCCCGCGCACUUCACGUGGCCGUGCCCUCCACCGCCACCCAGGCUGCCCCUCGCUACCCCGGAGCCGGACGGGCCCCGCGGACUCAAGCCGCCCACCCCCUCGGCCCUGGGCAGCCCGCUGGUGUGGCACACACCGCACGGGGUCCGGGAGAGCCUGCACUUCGGCGCCGGUGAGAGCGGCGUGAGAGCCCUCCUCCCCUGUGCCGCAGGUGUUUCCGUGUGCGAGUCGGUGCCCUACCCUGGCAAGGUGGAGGACUGGGGCUGCGUGACUCGGCUCCCUUUCCCGAGCAUCGGUGCGCUCCUCGAUAAACCCUCCGCAGGGUUCGACAUCAAGUUCCCACAGAUGGGGGCAGCAGCUCUGAGUUCCUUCCCGCUGGGCUACGUGGGUCAGCACGAGAAUCCGCUGGCCACGUUCAUCGGCUGGGCGGACGUGAUUGGAGACUCGCAGCCGGCCGCCGGGGGCACGAGACCGCAGCCGACUCUCGACGGUGAGGAGGAGCCCCUCGACAAAGGCCUCCUCCCGGAAGAAGCAGAAAUCAAGAGGCUCAGUUCACAUCAUCACGCCAACCACAUCUACCCGGAGCCUUCGGCGUAGUCCAUCUCUUCUCUGUAGAGAGGGGGUGCGAAGGUGGUUUCUGUGUACUUCGGUAAUGGACACUCCCACCAACCCCCCCCCCCCCUCUCAAUCCCGGCAUCCAAAUGGAACAUUCCACAGCGAAGCUGGUAUUGCUGCCCCACGGUGCAGCGCGGAGGGGUUGCACCUAAAAGGUACAAAAAACUCGGGACGUAUCGCGGGAAGGUGUAGGAUGGGAAUAUCUCACAGUAGCAGAAGAGUGGGCCAUGUAAGGCGUCGUCUUGAGUGGCAUAGUCUGAGAAGUCCACAAUUUCCUGCUGAAAUGAAGCACUCAGUGGACGAUUAUUAUAAUGAAUAUGCUAGUUACACAACUGACAAUUUCCCCGGAGAGACGGAUAGAUCUGCCAGAGCAGGGACAGGUGGCAAGCCGAUAACGCACUCACCCACUCACGAGCUCACUCAUUCACCCACCCAAUUACCCACUCACUCUCUUAUCCACUCACCCACCCAUCCAGGUGCCAGUGAGAUUUUCACUCUGGAGAGGGGCGCCGUGAAAUGACAGGGCGAGCCAAUCGAUGUGGCACGGCCGAAAUCUUGUACGUACAAAGACAACAAAGCAACCCUCUGUAUAGACCUCACCAGGCUGUUGGGGCAAAUGCUGUUAGCGAGCACCUAUUAAGGCGUGCACGGCACACGAGGAGGUAGGGGGCAAACAGCCACGCCCGGUCACCUUCGUCUCCCCGGUUGCUGAUAUUUAUGGCUGAGUCGACCUAGGGGAGGCCCAGGGCUGGUUCAAAUAUUCGCCACUGUUGUUGGUUGUUCCCCGGGUUUGCAGCGCAGUUUCCCAUAAUCGUGGGCAGCAGUGGUGGUGAGCAAGUCAGUUUAAGACUCAGUGAGGCUUUCACGACCAAUAUGUCCGACAGCCAAUGAAGUAAGGUUUGUCACAGCAGCAAAACAUGCCAAUGAGUUACUACUUUAGCAACGUCGGUUGUGACAUUUUACAAGUCGAGUAGCGUGAAGAUUCGCUGGCGAUUGCAACAUCCGGCAUUCAUCAUCAAGCGAUGAGGCGCAUCGCCUGAUGGUGAGCAACAAUCAUGACAUCCCAAUCCUGGCAUCCAAAUCCUGGCAUCCCAAUCCUUGAAUCCCAAUCCUGGCAUCCCAAUCCUGGCAUCCCAAUCCUUGCAUCCAAAUCCUGGCAUCCAAAUCCUUGAAUCCCAAUCCUUGAAUCCCAAUCCUGGCAUCCAAAUCCUGGCAUCCAAAUCCUUGAAUCCCAAUCCUGGUAUCCCAAUCCUGGCAUCCCAAUCCAGGCAUCCCAAUCCUGCAAUCCCAUUCCUGGCACCAAUGCUGGCAUCCCAAUCCUGGCAUUAAAAUCCUGGCAUCUCAAUCCUGCAAUCCCAAUCCUGGCACUUCAAUCCAGGCAUCCCAAUCCUGCAAUCCCAAUCCUGCAAUCCCAAUCCUGGCAUCCCAAUCCUGCAAUCCCAAUCCUGGCAUCCCAAUCCAGGCAUCCCAAUCCUGCAAUCCCAAUCCUGCAAUCCCAAUCCUGGCAUCCCAAACCUGGCAUCCCAAAUCGUGGCAUCCCACGCCACCCUCCGGAGUCCAUGCAAAUCACCUUGUCCGCCUCCUCCUCUUCCUCCUCGCAAAGAGAGAAGGGGACAGGCGGCGCCACACGACGCCAAUAAAAACAAACAUCGCCUAGACGCCCACGCGAUUCUCAGGUAAAGUUGACGAGGAAGCGAGGAGGGUGGGGGGUGAGGGGGCAUGGGUUCGAGAAUUGUUUAUUAUUAGUAUCAUUAAUAUAAAGUUAAACUAUCGUUGUUAUUAUUUUUUUAACCAGGCAAAGCCUAUACACUUUGGUUCUUUCGGUAAAGUCACGUAGGUAUAAAAUAAAAUAAAUCACGACGUUUCGGGCAGACGAUGCUUUCCCACCUGAUGACGGACGCUUGUGUUGUGCCAGAAACGUCGUGAUUUAUUUUAUUUUAUACCCACGUGACUUUACCGAAAGAACCAAAGAGUAUGGAUUCCUUGCAGUCAGGUAAAGCCUACCGAGCUAUGUACAGUAGCUCUUUUUCAGAAGCGACUUGGCUAUCACAAAUGAUAGCUCAACGAAGUGGCUCGUCAUCGUGUGGACUUACUCUAUACGGGUGACGUCCAUUUUAAAUGAGGAGGGAAAAACUUGAGGACCCGGAGAACAAUCGACGCGACCACAGGGAAAGAUGACAUGCAGACUCCAAAUAUACAGCAGGCGUCAGGAUCGGGAUCGAACCCGCGUACUCCUGUAUACCUGGAAAGUGUGUUAACAUUUCGUCACCUCGGUUGAUGAUGACGAUAAUAGCAGCCAGCGCCUUGUCCAGAUAGACGUUUCUGGGCCCUGAUUGCCGUGGGCGGUUUGUGGAUGUGUCUGUGACAUGCUGAGUUCGUGCGGCAGGUUAGCGAUCAAAUUUCGAUUUAAAGCUUUCGUGACUGCAGGGAUUCAUCUUCUUGGUUCUUUCGGUAAAGUCACGUAGAAGGGAAGUAAUAAAAUAAUAAAAAUAAAACAUAUGUCACGUAGAAGGGAAGUAAUAAAAUAAUUAAAAUAAAAGAUGUUUUAGUUUUUAAAUAAUAAUUAAAAAUAAAACAUAUGUUUAUUUUUAAAUAAAACAUAUGUUUUAUUUUUUAUUAUUUUAUUACUUCCCUUCUACGUGACUUUACCGAAAGAACCAAGAAGAGGUUAGCGAUCCAUGAUACGAAUCCGGCAACCCGAGUUCGAUUCCCGUACACCGCCACCAAUACCCAUGAAGAUUAUCUGCACCAGUCCUGGGCCUCCCCUAGGCCGACUCAGCCUCAAAUUAGUACCUGCUGCGGUGUGUAAACAUCGCCACUGGGGAGACAAAGGCGGUCGUGCGUGGUGCUCGCCAUCGUGUGCGGGCCUUCAUAGAUGCUCGCUAACAGCACUUGCCCCAAAAGUAUGUUGAGACUAUAAGGGGGAUCUUUGUAUUUGCCUUGACAUGUUUAGUUAAGUUCCUAUAUUUCAGAUUGAAGCACUUGUACGUUCUUGUUCAGCACAAAGUAUUUUCAUAUUAAAACAAAAACAA